UAUGUUAAGGGCAGGGCACUUUGUAAUAAACCUAUUGUAUAGAAGUAUUGACCAAGCGAUGGCUCAAUACAGAGGUUUUGCUGCUGUCCUACCCUCUCCUGGGCAGGUAGGCCUAAACAUCACAAAACACACGGGACUCAUACCGGUGAUUACCGUCACAUCACUGUAGUCGCUGUAAUGUGUAUGGUAAUGUUAUGAAGUUACAACAACGUUCAACAUGCUCAAAAUUAUUUUUAGUAUGAUUGUUUGACCACUGGGCUAUCACACUGCGCUGGGCUACCACACGUUACAAUGUUUUGAUUACAAAACCCCUAGCGGCAGAAAUGACAUACAAUAUUUUUAAUGUUAAUAUCGCACUCAAUUCUUUAUGAGUUUUAAGUUUGCAUGCACUUUGAGUAGAAACUUAGUCAGAAAUGUUCCCAGUGUAUUUAUCAAAUGAAUGAAUAACCAUGGUGUCUAUUUUCCAGACACAAACCGAGGUCAGGCUCUGUCCGGUAAGCAGCUCCUGCAGGUGGCCGAAACGCUGGGACAGGAGUGGAGGCGGGCGGGCGUCUACUUGGAACUGAGUACCACAGAUCUGGACGACAUCAUGGCAGGGGAAGCGGAUGUGACCAUGCAAAAACUGAAGAUGUUGGAGCUGUGGAAGCGCCGAACACCAAGCGAGGCCACAGCACAGGACCUGCUGAGAGGUCUGCAGGCCCUGAAGGACCUACCUGUCGGCACCCGUCAGUUAUUGAGAGGAAACCUUUUGGCUGGAUCUCAGGAGGUUAAAGCAUCGUAUAAAGGAGUUUCCCCAACAGAGACGAAGGGCAGGACCUCUGAACUCCUCCUCAGCUCUGAGCAGUUCAAGACUGAGAAGCUGAAGGACAGAGACAACAUAUACGCCGUCAUGGCCCCAGCCAACAGGACGCGCAUGGCUCUGCUGAUCACCAAUGUGCACUUUGACAAAGUGAAAGAUCGGGAUGGUGCUGAGAAGGACGAGGAGGAUAUGAGCAAACUGCUGAUCUCACUGGGAUACAACGUGGAGCAACAGAGAGACCUCAGUGGAGUGGAGAUGGACGAGGCUGUCAAAAGGUUUUCUAAAGACCCCCGUCUGGCCGCAACAGACUCUGUCUUUGUGGUCAUCAUGUCCCAUGGGGUGAAGGGAGCCAUUUUAGGCGUCCAUCACUGCGAUGGAGUCCCCGACCAGUUCCCCAUUGACAAUAUCUACAAACACUUGGAUUCGGCUCGUUGUCCAAAACUGUUCAACAAACCCAAAGUCAUCAUCAUCCAAGCCUGCAGAGGAGUGGAUGAUGGCUCUGCGAUAGUCUGCGAUGGGCCUGGGUCUGUCCCAGAGCAGGCCCCGGUAGUGCAGGUGGAUGCGGCCCUCCCACCUCACCUGGCAGAUGAAGUGGAUGCAGACAUCGAGGAGGAUGCUAUUCACAGGGUGCACAAAGAAAAAGAUAUGGUUUCCUUCCUUUCCUCUACUGCCGACACGGUGUCGUUUAGACAUUCACAGCAAGGUUCUUAUUUCAUCCAACACCUUGUGGAGAUCUUCAACCUCCACGCACACGAGGACCACAUCGAAAAACUCUUCAAAAGGGUCCUGAAGCGUUUUGAAGAUGAACCUCCUUCAGCAGAUAGAAGACAGAUGGCUGUCAAAGAACGAUGCACCUUAAUCAGAGAUUUUUAUCUCUUCCCCGGUCUUUAGAAUCAGGCUCUAUGAUGACCAAUGGGAAAUGGUUUCAACACUUUACACGCGUAAAGUGGUUUCAGGAAAACAAACUAAAAAGAAUCUUGAUAAUCUUGAAAUAUAGUGGAUUGUAAUGAUAAAAAUACAUGGCAUUAUUCUUAACAUGAUGUGCUUGGAUCCAUUUCAUAACGGUCGUUUUGUUUAUGUAUUACAAUUAAAUGAAAUCAGUGUGUUU